AAGUAAUCAGCUAAACCAAGAAAACAAGAAGCUUCCUUCCCUCAAUUCAUUCACCCCUCUCUUCUCUACAAAUCCAAACACACACUUCUCACUUCUCUCUUCUCUCUUCACAUCUUCUUCCAAUAAUGGAAUCACCAUGCACCACCGCCACAAGAUCCGACUCCACCUCCUCACCCGAAUUCGAGUUCUGGAUGCUCCGAAAUCCCUCCUUCCCUCAGCCCAAUCUCCACUCCGCCGAUGAACUCUUCGUCGACGGCGUCCUCCUCCCUCUCCACCUCCUCCCAUCACCCGAUCCACCACCCGACUCGGAACAACUCACAACCUCUGCAGACCCUGACGCUUCCUCAUCAGCCGCCAUAAUAACGGAAUCUUCCACUUCCACCACUACUCUCUCCACAUCGAAGCGCUGGAAGGACAUUUUCAAGAAGAAAAACACAGAAAACAACGACACAGAAGAGAAAGAGAAAGACAAGGGGAAGAAGAAGAAGAAGAAAGAGAUUAAGAAAACGGGUAGCGGAGCGGGUUCUGCGGCGGAGCUAAACAUUAAUAUAUGGCCCUUCUCCAGGAGCAGGUCCGCCGGAAACGCCGUCACCCGACCCAAAUUCUUCGCCGGAGCUCCGUCUUCGACCCGGAAAGUGAACAGCGCGCCAUGUUCCCGGAGCAACUCCACCGGAGAUUCCAAGUCCAGGAAGUGGCCCAGCAGCCCGGGCCGUCCCGGAGUUCACGUGGGCCGGACAAGUCCGGUGUGGCAGGUCCGCCGUACCAAGAACAGCAACAACACCGCCGCGCAGGACAACGAUGGCGCCGAAGCCAAGAAGAGGGAAAGUGCCGCGUGUCAGCGGAGAGGGACCAAAGCGAGGGUGUUGAAUCUGAACGUUCCGAUGUGCAUUGGUUACGGGCAGCACUUGAGUUGUAGAUGCGACGAGAAUGGUGGUGCUGUUAGUGGCACUACUAGUGUCCGCGGCGGCGAUAACAACGACGGUGGUAGUUGUAGCGGUGGUGAGGGUAGUAAUAAUGAUGGUGGAAGUGGGGUUAAUCUUUUUAAUCUGCGCAACCUAUUCACCAAGAAAAGCAUAGUAACUUCUCACUAGUCUCAACAUUUUUAACUACGCCUAAGGUUAUCAAAUUUUUAUUUAUUACUGCUAUAAAAUUAAAGUUACCUUUUUAGACUUUUUUUUUGUUUAAAAAUAUUUAUAUAUGUACAAAAAGGUCAUAAUUUUUUUUUAAGAUAGUUAUAUUUAUAUUUAUAUACCGUCUGUAUGUAUUAU